AUGGAGGCUCUCUUCAACUGGUGCACGCGGCGUGCCGGAGGACUGGCAAUGAUAUCGACCAUCUUCCUCAGCUACUGGGUCAUCUCCAAGGAAGCGGCUUCGUCGGGCUAUGGCUACAACCUCAUGCACCUGCACCACAGCACGCCCACCGCCGCCGCGUCCUCGGGCUCCGGUGGAUGGUGGACGCUGGGAUUCGCCUACUACUGUCUGUUUAUACACAUACUAGUAUUCUUGUUCCCCAUCCGUGCCUGCUGGUCCAUCUUCGACAUCACCAGAACGCUCAAGAAGACGGCGCGAAGCAAGGCGCUGCGGGAUAUCAAGCUGUCUCAUCGCCGCCGCGGCUCGUCCACCUCGCUCUCGAGCUCCGAGACCCUGACCUCGUCCCGCGAUGGGUCGACAACCAGCAGCGAGGCUGGCGAUCUCGAGAUUGAGCAGUACACAGAUGGUGACUCUCUGGCGAUCGACAACGUGGUGCACGCCAUCAUCAUCCCCAACUACAAGGAGGAAGUCGAUACGCUGAGGGAAACUCUGGACGUUCUUGCCUCUCAUCCCCAAGCCCGUCACAGCUACGAUAUCUACCUCGGAAUGGAACAGCGGGAACACAAUGCUGAGCUCAAGGCCAUGAACCUCAUCCAGGAAUUUGUCAAGAAGUUCCGUUCAAUUGACUUCACCCUGCACCCGUCCGAUAUUCCCGGCGAGGCUCCUGGUAAAGGAAGCAACUGUGCUUGGGCUGCGCGCAAACUCAGCGAGCGCUACUCGAUGGCGCAGAGGAAGGAUGUGAUAAUCACUGGAAUUGAUGCCGACAGCCACCUCUCCUCCAACUUCUUCGCUCUGCUGACCAGCAUGCACCUGGCCCACCCUGAGACCGCUCCCACCACUCUGUACUCCGCGCCCAUCAUCUUCGACCGCAAUGCUCACAGUGUCCCCGCUAUUGUCCGAGUCGCUGAUAUUCUCUGGUCUGCUGCUGGCAUGUCUGGUCUUUACCGUGGCUCGAGCAUUGCUCCACCAACUUCGGUCUACUCUGUUCCUCUAGUUCUGGUUGACAGAGUUGGCGGAUGGGACAGUGACUCCGAGGCUAUCGGCGAGGACUUGCACAUGUUCCUGAAGUGUUUCUUCGCUAUGAAUGGAAAUCUGACCACCCGAACUGUACUGAGCCCUGUCAGUCAAAGCAACGUUAAUGGCGAUGGCGGAAGCGGUGUCUACGGUCUCUACAACGAUAUGCGCGCCCGAUACAAGCAGGCCCUCAGGCACAUGUGGGGCUGCUUGGAUUCCGGUUACGCCAUGAGAAAGGGCUGGGAGCUGUGGAAGGAGCGCAAGCACACCUCGAGAGCUUACCGGCCUCUUCACGUCACAUUGAACAACCCCUCCGACACGUACAUCCCCGAGGUUGACGGCCUGAAUGCCGAACAGACUCUGGAGAGCGGCAUCUUCUCGGAUGUGACCACAGACACUCUUAAGGACAUCAACUGGAUGCGCCUCCUCAUUCUGGUGCACCGUAUGUUCGAGGCACACUUCUUGCCCGUUCAGAUGACUAUUCUUGUCAUUGCCUCAACGCUCUACAUAUGGGUAGCUGAGGGCAACGGCGACCCCCAGAACCUGACGUUGAUCUUCACAGUCUGCAAUGUCCUUCGUACCGCUGGUUUCAUGGAGAUAGCACUGUACAUGUUCUUGUACGAGGGAUUCCACAAGCUCAUGGCUACUCAGCGCGAGAAGGAAAUGAACGAUGCCGGCUUGGCUAAGGGAAUGUGCUUCUCGCAUCGUGAGCUCAAGAAGAACUUCAUCGACUACGUCAUGGUCCCGCUGGUAGCGCCCUUGUACGGUGCUAUUCCAGGUGCCCAGGCCCAACUCUUCCAGUUCUGGACCCAAGAUCUGGUAUAUACGGUCAGCAAAAAGGUCACGCGGCAACGGUCCAAGUCGUUAUCAGCAGACGCGAUGGUAUAG